AACAAGGUCUUUGAUGAGAGAAAAUACUUAGACGUAGCACGUAGUUUUCCUCAAACAUGCAGUUAUGGUGUGGUUUGGAUUUACGUUUGACCUCAAACUUCCCUCCUUUAAGAAGGGUAUACCGAACUUCUUAUGUUUUGAGCCACAGCAAUUCUAUCGCCAUCACUAUCAGAGAAACAGAGACAGAGGCGGGUGUUUUCUGCAAGCUUCAGCAACAUCUUCAUGGCUUCUUAGCCGAAAGUUAAUCCCGCCUUCUCUUCCCACACAUGACGAUGAGGGUACUCCACUCUUCUUCCUGGCCCUCCUCCGUCUUCAACUCCAGCUCCAACUCCAAGUUCGACACUCCCACCUUCUCCACACGAAUGCCCAUCAGAACCUUUUCUCUCCCUGAUCGUGCGGUCGCGCGCUCCGGUUCGUGUUCGGUGGCCGAAAGCUCUGAUUCCGACCUGAAACGAGCUCUCGCCGGUGAAGGGUUGCGCGACGGCAGAUUCUGCUGCUGCGGGAGACGGCAUUUCAUGGCGGCAGCUGUAGCGGCCGCAUCGCCAUUCAUCCCAACUCGUCCUUCAGAUGCUUCCGAUUCGUCUUCUGAUUAUGCGGCGAUGUUGGAUAAAUUUCACGCUCCUAGACCUCAGUGGUAUGAGGAGUUGCAAGCUAUGGAACUCGAUAAGGGUAUGGAAGCUUAUGAGGCUGAGAUUGCAGGGUACAAGUCCCAGCUAUUCAGCAAAUUGAAGGGAAAAGUCAAGGAAGUUUUGGAAAUCGGUAUAGGAACAGGUCCUAAUCUCAAGUAUUAUGCCAAUGACAACAACGUCCAUGUUGUUGGGAUAGACCCAAAGAGAACAAUGGAAAGAUAUGCUCGUGCAGCAGCAGCAGCAGCUGGUCUACCAUCUCCCAACUUCAAAUUUCUCCAAGCAGUUGGUGAGGCUAUACCACUAGGGGAUGCAUCUGUUGAAGCAGUUGUUGGAACCCUCGUCUUGUGCUCUGUCAGUGAUGUUGACCUGACGCUGAAAGAAGUGAAGAGGGUGCUUAAACCAGGUGGUUCUUACAUCUUUGUGGAGCAUGUGGCUGCAAAAGAUGGAACAAUCCUCAAGUUCCUCCAGAGUAUCCUCGAUCCCUUGCAGCAGGCAGCUGCUGAUGGAUGUCACCUUACCAGAGAGACAGGGAAGAACAUAUCUGAGGCUGGAUUCUCUAGUGUUGAACUUGGCACGGCUUUUUUAGCUAAUGCCCCCCUUAUAAACUCUCAUAUUUACGGAAUUGCCAACAAGUAGCGCUGCUAAACAACCACCAGUUUAUAGAGAAGUGGCGAGCAUGUCAAAUCAUCACCUGGGUUUUGCUAGUCUGGUCCCCUUAGGAUUGUUUUGAUCUGGAAUAAGCAAGAUAGACGAUAUUGGUAUCUAGAUUUGUGUAUAAUGAAGAAAGCUAUGACUCCUUUGGCCAAGGUAGGUGCACUCUGUCCUUAUGAUCCAUAAUAUAGCGUUUGUAUCUA